AUGAUACUGUUCUUUGGAUACAUUUUCUUUUUCAUUCUUUUUUGUCUGCAAUCUCCACCGCUUAAUCCCUCCACCGAUCACUCAAAACCUUCAAUCACUUUGAAUGUUUACUUCUUCUAUUACUCCACCGCCUCUCAUCUUAUCGACGUUACCUCAUCGCCUUCCAUCGCCUCACCACCUCAGGGAAGUCAUCCUCGGAUCCAGUUCAGAUGGUCGCCGAUUUCAUACACUCCACCACCGACGUUUGUUCCAGGUCGACUGACUCGCUCCUACACAAAUCCCGAAAGGCACAAUUGGCAGCUUCAACUUCAGCUUCAACUGUUGCCUACGUUUUUGGAUUCUGUUACAAGGCCUAGCUGGUGUUUUUUGGGUUAUAAAUCCAUGGAGUAUGCAUCUAGUGAAUAUGGUGCCAAUUCCAUCAAGCAAUAUGUCUCUCCAAUCUGCAACAAUGUUAGAUGGGUUACUUGGGCGCAGUGGACUUACUUCGCUCAUUCGACAUUUUAUAGUUAUAUCCAGGAGUUGGUUCAAACAGACAACAGAAUUUGCUGGAACAGAUCAAGAAAAUUCUUACGUGUUACUUCACAUUUACACAAUUACACUGCAAAAAAUAACAAUGUAUCAGACACUCAAAACUUGAAAGAGUCCGCUACUAUAAAAGUAGAAGUUAAAGAUCCUAGGUCUGUUUAUCACAUUUUUUGGAGAUGGGUAUAAGACAGCAACAUACUAUCUUAAUCACCAAUUUGUAGAAACAAAAUGCCAGUGGUUGUUGUGUGUGUUAAGUUGCAACCAAGGGUUUUGACGCUAGAAGGGAAUGUAAUGUUCGGAAAUAUACUGACCACACGGUGGAAUGAAAUCUGGAAUUCCGGAUUUCCACUUCGAAACAUGCCCUAACAUUCUUAACUGAUACUUCUAUUCCUUACUUAGGUGCUGUUUGAUUUUCUGAAGCAAAAAUUCAUGAAGUCUGCGGACCACUUCUGCAACCCUUUGCGGUAGAAGAAGUGGACCAAACGGCUGCAGACUAUAAUAAGAAGCGUGUUUGUUUUUUUAACAUCUACAUACUGCUGCAGAUAUUAAAAAAUUAAAAUAAACUAAUUUUAUAAACCGAAAAUAGCUUUUUAAUACGUAA